AUGGAGUCGAAAAAUCGAGCGUCUGCCUCUGCAUUUGGAUUUAUCGGUGUUUUUAUUGCUGUUCUCUUGUGUCUAUCGAUUGUUGUUGAUAUGAUGUCGUUCAAAAGAUUAUCGUUUCUAGAAGUUGCAGAAAGCAGACACGGAAUAAAAAUGAAAGAGAUAAUGAGGAACAAAGAGGCUUCGGAAUGA